UAUCCCACGUCAUCACGUCUCCAACGAAAGUGAAGCCUUGGGGCGAGGUUUUCGGUGGGUUCCAAACACCAAUAACCCUAAAACUCUUACAGUCUUACCUAUAAAUACAUACUCACAUCCUAAAGGUUUUCACAAUCACAAUCACAAUCACAAUCACAAUCACAAUACAAUUUUCCUUACAUCGUUAUCCUUGAAAAGAGAAUAGAGAAGAUGCAGAUAUUCGUGAAAACUCUUACCGGCAAAACUGUCACUCUCGAGGUCGAAAGUAGCGACACCAUCAACAAUCUUAAGGCCAAGAUUCAAGACAAGGAAGGUAUUCCACCGGACCAGCAACGACUGAUCUUUGCCGGAAAGCAAUUGGAGGAUGACCGUACUGUUGCUGAUUACAACAUCCAGAAAGAAUCAACUAUUCAUCUGGUGUUGAGGCUCAGGGGAGGUGGAGGAGGAUCUGGAAAACAACCUUACGCACCCUAUAUGGCGGAUUUGGCUCGUAAAACUAAUCAAAACAAGCUCAUUUGCCGCAAGUGCUAUGCUCGCCUACCUUUGAGGGCUACAAAUUGCCGCAAGAAGAAAUGUGGACACUCCAAUCAGUUAAGGCGCAAGGCUGUUAUUUUUACUAAUGGUGGUAGCAGGGGAUAGAAUCAUACAAGCGCGCGUACAACUAUAUAUCUAUCUCAUCAUUUCAUUACUACUCAAUUAAAGUAUCAUUUUCUUUAUUUUGCCAAGGAUUUAUUGUCAACUCAUGACUCUCAAAACCGAAUUUUUACUCACAUUAUUAUUCCCAUUUUAUAAUAUUCCAUCAUUUUCUAUUCAUAA